UCAAAUGAGUGCAGUGCUUGGCUAUUGAACAGGCUUAGUAAAUACUCAUUGCUGAAAUAUACAAAAGAUUCCCAACUAUCGAAUCGUCGGUGUCCGACUGAAACAAGUUGUUGAAUUGAAAACUUUAUGAUAACUUCGAUGGCCCCACAGAAUUCAAAGAGCUCAAGAGAAAAGAGAUCAGCAUUUGACAUGAAGCUGGCAAAGAAGCUUGAUUCUGGCCGCCCCCCCACCAGGGAUGGUCUUGUUCCUUCACGUGGUCACGCUAGAAACGGAGGGUCUUCACCGAAGAAACGCCGAGGAAAUUUACCGAAGGACUCAGUGAAUGUCCUGAGAUUGUGGCUUUGGGAGCAUCGAUUUAACGCUUACCCGUCGGAAAGCGAGAAGCAACACUUGUCUCGUGCAUCGAACCUGAGCGUGUUGCAGGUCUGCAAUUGGUUCAUUAACGCAAGGCGACGUAUACUGCCUGAGAUGAUCAGACGAGAGGGCCAUGACCCAAGUCAUUACACAAUAACGAGAAGGACAACGAAAAGUACGGGCAGCACAAGCAGUGCCAGCUCGAGACGGAGUAGUACGAACGACGAUUACACAACGAAAUAUGACUCGGCCACUUUUAGCGACGUUGAGUCGGUUUCGAGUUGUGACUCCGAACAUUCCGAGCAUCUUCCCCACUCCCCCGAGGUUUGCGAGGACAGACUAAGCGCACGUUGUAUACCCGUAGCUACCACCCUGACUAACAACAGCGACGCUACAUUAUCCCUGCUCGAAAAUUUGACUGCGAAUAAUCACUUGUCAAGUAUGGAUUUACUUGUCGAAGUCGCAUUAAACUUGGACAUAAUACAAGGACACGGCUCCUCUCGUGAGUCAAAAUUUCUCGCUUGUUAAUAAAUAAGUAGCUUAGGCAUUCUUACUGAAAUUCAAUAGUGGUCAAAGACUUCCUUUAGGAUUUAAUAGUACCGUAGGUAAAUAUUCGCUGAAUAACAACGCUACGGAUUUUUCAUUUAAUGUAACAUAUUUCAUUCAAAUCAUUCUAGCCCACGCCAAGCAUUCACACUAAACCUCACUUAAUAUUGAAUUUCAUAGUCGAAGGCAACUGGCGGUUGCCCUACCAACCACGCAAGCUUAUAAAUAUGAAAAUAUCCAUUUAUUGUGUACAUAGAACUGAAAUGUAAUAAAUUUUCGAUGAAUUGAAAGCUAAUAAAUAGCUGCUGUAUAUAGAUUUGAGUUACGCACUUGUGAUUGUAGUGCGAAAUUGUCAAGCCAAGGGCAAUCUCUUUCGCUGUAUAAUUUGCCUAUAUAUUUAUUGGUAAAACGCGUUGGAAUAGCAAUUAUAUUGUACAUAUUUAUGCCGUGACCUAAAUAA